AUGGUGAGACGAACCGGGUGGGGGGGGAAUAGGGGGCGGCUGGGGCGGUGGGGAGACCUGGGGCCCGGAUCAGUGCCCCUCCUCCCCAUGCUGCCUCCUCCUCCUCCUCUUCCUCCUCCGUGUCGGGGGCCUGGGGGAGGAAGGAUCUCCAUCUUUUCUUUGUCCCCCGCCUCUCGCGCAAGAAGCUCCCCCUCCUUAUUUCUCCCUCCGGCCCUGGGACCCUCCUGCACAGCGCUGCAGGUGACAGGGUCUUCUCAGCCUCGCCACAGUGCCCUCUCCACCCCAGCCACCCCCCCAACACAGGUACAGCCUGCGGUGUCACCUACCUCUGCUUCCCCCUCCUGGGGAUCCCACUCUACCCCUCCCCUGGCCUUGGUGACUCCCCCUCCCUCAUGCCGAUGCUCCCAGGACCCUCCGGGGCUGCGGAUAGGUCCUUUGAUCCCAGAGCAGGAUUAUGAGCGGCUGGAAGACUGUGACCCUCAGGGCUCCCAAGAUUCACCCUUCCAUGGGGAGGAGCAACAACCCCUGCUUUAUGUGCCUGAAGAGCUCCGGGGCUCCUGGCAUCACAUCCAGAACCUGGACAGCUUCUUCACCAAGAUCUACAGCUAUCACCAGCGGAAUGGCUUUGCCUGUAUCCUGCUGGAGGAUGUCUUCCAGCUGGGACAAUUCAUUUUCAUUGUCACCUUCACAACCUUCCUUCUUCGCUGUGUGGAUUACAACAUUCUCUUCGCCAACCAACCAAAUAACCAUACGAGACCUGGGCCGCUCCACAGCAAAGUGACCUUGUCGGAUGCCAUCUUGCCCUCAGCUCAGUGUGCUGAGCGGAUCCGCUCCAGCCCCUUGCUGGUCUUCCUCUUGAUCCUGGCUGCCAGCUUCUGGCUGUUCCAGCUGCUUCGUUCAGUCUGCAGCUUCUUCAGCUACUGGGACAUCCAGGUGUUUUACAGGGAAGCCCUGCACAUCCCCCCGAAGGAGCUCAACUCCGUGCCCUGGGCAGAGGUGCAGUCUCGCCUGCUGGCGCUGCAGAGGAGCGGCGGGCUGUGCGUGCAGCCGCGGCCGCUGACGGAGCUGGAUGUCCAUCACCGCAUCCUGCGCUACACCAACUAUCAGGUGGCCCUGGCCAACAAGGGCCUGCUGCCGGCCCGCUGCCCGCUGCCCUGGGGAGGUAGCGCGGCCUUUCUCAGCCGCGGCCUGGCGCUCAACGUGGACCUGCUGCUCUUCCGCGGUCCCUUCUCGCUCUUCCGCGGGGGCUGGGAGCUGCCGGACGCCUACAAGCGCAGCGACCAGCGCAACGCCCUGGCCACUCGCCUGGGCCGCACCGUGGUGCUGCUGGCAGCCGUCAACCUGGCGCUGAGCCCACUGGUGCUGGCCUGGCAGGUGCUGCACGCCUUCUACAGCCACGUGGAACUGCUGCGACGUGAGCCAGGCGCGCUCGGGGCCCGGCGCUGGUCCCGCCUGGCGCGCCUGCAGCUGCGCCACUUCAACGAGCUGCCGCACGAGCUGCGCGCGCGCCUGGCCCGCGCCUACCGCCCCGCCGCCGCCUUCCUGCGCGCCGCCGCGCCCCCCGCGCCCCUGCUCGCGCUGCUGGCCCGCCAAAUUGUUUUCUUCGCCGGCGCGCUCUUCGCCGCGCUGCUUUUGCUCACCAUCUACGAUGAGGAUGUGCUCGCCGUGCAGCACGUGCUCACCGCCAUGACCGCGCUCGGUGUCACGGCCACUGCGGCCAGGUCUUUUAUUCCCGAAGAGCAGUUCCAGGGCAGUUUCCCGCAGCUCCAGCUCCAGGCGGCUCUGGCCCACAUGCAUUACCUCCCGGAGGAUCCCGGUCCCGCAGGCAGGGCCAGCGCUUACCGGCAGAUGGCGCAGCUGCUGCAAUAUCGAGUGGUCUCCCUCUUGGAGGAGCUCCUUUCCCCUCUCCUCACCCCACUGUUUCUGUUCUUCUGGUUUCGCCCUCGUGCCCUGGAGAUAAUUGACUUUUUUCAUCACUUCACCGUGGAUGUGGCUGGGGUUGGGGACAUCUGUUCCUUUGCCCUUAUGGAUGUGAAGCGCCAUGGCCACCCUCAGUGGCUCUCAGCGGGACAGACGGAGGCCUCACUGUCUCAACGUGCAGAGGAUGGAAAGACUGAACUCUCCUUAAUGAGGUUCUCCUUGGUGCAUCCACAAUGGCGCCCACCAGGGCACAGCUCUAAGUUCCUGGGGCACCUUCGGGGCCGGGUACAACAAGAUGCAGCUGCCUGGGGCGCCACCUCAGUUCGCAGCCCUCCCACCCCGGGGCUGCUCAGCGAUUCCACCUCGUCAGCACCAGAGGCCUUCAUGGCCAACCUCUUGGUGCACCCCCUUCUGCCCCCGAGGGACCUGAGUCCCACAGCCCCCUGCCCAGCUGCAGCCACAGCCAGCCUCCUGGCCUCCAUUUCCCGAAUUGCCCAGGAUCCAAGCUGUGUGUCCCCAGGAGGUACUGGGGGCCAGAAGCUGGCCCAGCUCCCAGAGCUUGCAUCUGCUGAGAUGAGCCUCCAUGCCCUCUACCUGCACCAGCUUCAUCAGCAGCAGCAGCAGGAAGUGUGGGGGGAGACCUCAGCCUCUUCCCUGCCAAGGCCCUGGUCCAGCCCCUCACAGCCACUCUCCCCUGAUGAGGAGAAGCCUUCUUGGUCAAGUGAUGGCUCCAGUCCUACCUCCAGCCCCAGGCAGCAAUGGAGAACCCAGAGGGCCCAGAAUCUGUUCCCUGCAGAGUUUCAGGAAGUCACAGAGACCCAGAAGGAGCCUGGCCAGGCCCCUGGUACUGACUGAGAGGACUCUUCAGGGUUCCCCAGCUUCUCCAGCCACAGGAAUUGGAUGCAAUGGAGUGGAAGAACACACCAAGCCCUUCUUGGAGGCCCCCACAAGAUUACAGGCCCAGGGAUGCCUUAGUUGGGCAGUACCUGGUGGUCAAAGAGAACAGGCCCC